GUUGCUGGUCCGCCAUCUCUUGGAGUCCGAAAGGAGCCCUACGAGAAACGCUUGUCAACAAGUCCGAAGAGAGUGAACCUUAAAGCGGGUCAAGCGGAGGCUCAGAGCGGCCCCAUUAUAUGUGCUCCCCGUCUUUUGUCAGAGAAGACUUUCAUGUGAAAGAAGACAACGGCGGGGAAUAAGUCAGACAUGUCAAAUCUCAGCAAAGGGGGCACUAAAAAAGACACCAAGAUGAGGAUACGAGCCUUUCCUAUGACCAUGGACGAAAAGUAUGUCAAUAACAUCUGGGACCUCUUGAAGAACGCCAUUCAAGAGAUCCAGAGGAAAAACAACAGUGGGCUGAGCUUCGAGGAGCUCUACAGGAACGCCUACACCAUGGUCCUGCACAAACACGGAGAGAAGCUCUAUACAGGCCUGAGGGAGGUGGUCACAGAACAUCUAAUCAACAAAGUACGCGAGGAUGUGUUAAACUCCCUGAACAACAACUUCCUACAAACACUAAAUCAGGCCUGGAACGACCACCAGACGGCUAUGGUGAUGAUCAGAGACAUCUUGAUGUACAUGGACCGUGUGUAUGUUCAGCAGAACAAUGUGGAGAACGUGUAUAAUCUGGGCCUCAUCAUCUUCAGAGACCAGGUGGUUCGUUACGGGUGCAUUCGGGACCAUCUAAGACAGACUUUACUAGACAUGAUUGCCCGCGAGAGAAAAGGAGAGGUGGUUGAUAGGGGCGCCAUCCGUAAUGCUUGUCAAAUGUUAAUGAUCUUGGGCUUGGAAGGACGUUCUGUGUAUGAAGAGGAUUUUGAAGCGCCGUUCUUAGAAAUGUCUGCUGAAUUCUUUCAGAUGGAAAGCCAAAAGUUUUUAGCUGAGAACAGUGCGAGUGUGUACAUAAAGAAGGUGGAGGCGCGGAUAAACGAGGAGAUUGAGCGAGUAAUACACUGCCUGGAUAAAUCGACAGAGGAGCCUAUAGUGAAGGUGGUGGAGCGAGAGCUGAUCUCCAAACACAUGAAGACCAUUGUGGAGAUGGAGAACUCCGGGCUGGUGCACAUGCUCAAAAAUGGAAAGACUGAAGAUCUGGCCUGCAUGUACAAGUUGUUCAGCAGAGUGCCGAACGGCCUGAAGACCAUGUGCGAGUGUAUGAGCUCAUAUCUGAGGGAGCAAGGCAAAGCUCUGGUGUCCGAAGAAGGAGAAGGCAAGAACCCAGUAGACUACAUCCAGGGUCUUCUGGAUCUGAAGUCACGGUUUGACCGCUUCCUGCAAGAGUCCUUUAACAAUGACCGUUUAUUCAAGCAGACGAUCGCAGGAGACUUUGAGUAUUUCCUGAACCUGAACUCCCGCUCGCCUGAGUAUCUCUCUCUCUUCAUUGACGAUAAGCUGAAGAAAGGAGUCAAAGGACUGACAGAACAGGAGGUGGAAUCGAUCCUGGAUAAAGCCAUGGUGCUAUUCAGGUUCAUGCAGGAGAAGGAUGUGUUCGAGCGCUACUACAAACAGCAUCUAGCCAGAAGACUCCUCACCAACAAGAGCGUCUCUGACGACUCCGAGAAAAACAUGAUCUCAAAGCUGAAAACAGAAUGUGGCUGUCAGUUUACAUCGAAACUGGAGGGCAUGUUUAGGGACAUGAGCAUCUCCAACACAACCAUGGAUGAGUUUCGGCAGCACCUCACAUCAACAGGGGUGUCUUUAGGUGGUGUUGACCUCACCGUGAGGGUUCUUACCACGGGAUACUGGCCGACCCAAUCUGCAACUCCCAAAUGUAACAUCCCUCCUUCACCAAGACAUGCUUUCGAGGUCUUUAGAAGGUUUUAUUUGGCCAAACACAGUGGCAGGCAGCUCACAUUGCAGCAUCACAUGGGUUCAGCAGACCUCAAUGCCACUUUUUAUGGGCCAAUCAAAAAGGAAGAUGGCUCAGAUAUGGUCGGCGGGGCUCAGGUUACAGGCUCCAAUACCAGGAAACACAUUCUUCAGGUUUCCACAUUCCAGAUGACAAUCCUCAUGCUUUUCAACAACCGCGAAAAAUCCACAUUUGAGGAGAUCCAGCAGGAGACUGAUAUCCCGGAGAGAGAGCUGGUGCGGGCGCUGCAGUCUCUGGCCUGUGGAAAACCCACGCAGAGAGUCCUCACUAAAGAACCCAAGUCUAAAGAGAUCGAAAACGGCCACGUUUUCACGGUCAACGACCAGUUCACCUCCAGACUACACAGAGUCAAGAUUCAGACGGUUGCAGCCAAACAGGGAGAGUCAGACCCUGAGAGGAAGGAAACGCGGCAGAAAGUGGACGAUGACCGAAAACAUGAAAUUGAAGCGGCGAUUGUCCGAAUCAUGAAGUCAAGAAAGAAAAUGCAGCACAACGUUCUAGUAGCAGAGGUAACCCAGCAGCUGAGGGCGCGAUUCCUCCCAAGUCCUGUGGUCAUUAAAAAACGUAUUGAAGGACUUAUCGAGAGAGAAUAUUUGGCGAGAACGCCGGAAGAUCGCAAAGUAUACACAUACGUAGCAUGAACAAGGAGCGAAAUCAAAUCUGAAAGAGCGAGUGAGAGCGAGCAAACUUUUUUUGUUUUGUUUUUUUACACCCUCACGUAUCCUUUUUUUUUUGCCUUUUUUUUGUCAUUCGUGCUGGGAAUAAACUGGGAAGAAAACCUUCGACUUGUUUUAAAAUGUUCUUACCGAUUCCCGCCAGGCUUUCCACUGGAUGCGAUUCAAAGACUUUUACAGAAGGUGUUGCUGGUGUCUGUGAGAGAAAUUAUUAUUUUCUUUUUUAUUUAUUUUAUUAUAUUAUUUUGUGUGUGUGGGUGCAUGCGUGUGUGUGCGUGUGUGUGUGUGUGUGUUCUCGUAAUUCUACACACAAAUUAAUGAAUUCACACAUUUUCCCAGUAGAUCCCACGAUCAUUCAUGUAAUUGAGUUGUUUUUUUUUUCCCAUUGUGUUUUUUUGGGGGGUCCCCCUUCUUAUGUCUGUGAAAGUGUAUUUCUGUGCACUUUAGAGGUUAUGUUUGGUUCAAAGUAAGCUCUUAUUGAACAGUUUUAACAUUUACACAACAUAUAAAAAGUUGUUUCUUUUUCCCCGCCUUCCCAUUUCUCUCUCUCUCUCUCUCUCUCUCUCUCUCUCUCUCUCUCUCUUAAUGUCUAAUAUGGCCAAUUGUAAAAAAAAAAAAAAGCGUUUUAUUUUAAAAGGGGUCUCGAUUGCGGUUUAAAGAGGGAUGCGGGAUGCAGUUUGUGUUAUCAGCAUUAUUGUAUUUCAUUGUGUAUAAAUUGUAAGAUAAUUGUUAUUGUACUCUAUGCUGAAGUGAACUGUACAGGGCCUCGUUUUCAUCAUUAAAUGUAGAAAAAGAACGAAAAAAAUGAUAAUAAAAGGACUGGCCAUUUUGGGUCAGACUGUU